GAGUCCUGCGGGGAGGAGGCGGUGAAGCCAAAGCUGGCAGGUUCUAAGGGGCCGUAAGACCCCUUCCUCGGUCAGCCUGGCUUCUCACAAGACCCCACUUCUUUUGAAGCCGGGGACUCCCAGCCAUCCCGCUCAAGACCCUACCGGAUGUACGUGGGGGCAGUCAUUCCUCCACCAGGGACCUGCAGGGAUGGCGCCCCGUUUGAGGGGGAGGGAUUCCCCUCCCCCAACUCUCCAUCAUUUCCCACUCCUUCCAAGGAGCCUGAGCAUUUGUAGGAACGCAACAAAAAGAAGACUUGAGACUGCCAUUAUGUCUGCCAGAGACCAAGCCCCACAAAAGCUCCCCGGAGCCUUCCGGAACUGAAGGGACAGGAGCCUCAGCCUCUCAGUCCACCCACCGGAAGCGGAAACAGAAUUCCGGCGUGCCCCUUCCUCACUGCCCUCCAAAUCCCGCUGCAGCCAUUGCCGCAACCACGAUGCCGAAACGAAAGAAGCAGAAUCAGCAGCAGCCGCCGCUACCGCAGCAGCCCCCGCUGCCAGAGCGGGAAGAGACUGGAGACGAGGAGGAUGGGAGUCCCAUAGGACCACCCAGCCUUCUGGGCCCUCCCCCCAUGACCAAUGGAAAGCCUGGUGACCCCAAGUCAGCCCCAAACUGGAAUCCACCCACAUGUCCACCAUCAGUAGAAUGGAUAAAUAAGUUGUUGUGUGUGCAUGCAAUGGGAUACUACACUGCAAUGAAAAUGAACGAACUCCUGCUACAGGCAACCUGGAUGAAUCUCACAAACACGAUGUUGAGCGAAAGGAGCCAGACAGAAAAGAAUGCAGACUCUCUUCACAGAGGUCCUCCAGGAUCAAGGGGACCAAUGAUUCCACCACUGCUGAGUCUCCCACCACCUCCUCGGGGCAGAGGCCCGAUUCGGGGGGGCCUAGGCCCCAGAUGUGGCCCAUAUGGUCGUGGUUGGUGGGGGGCCAAUACUGAACCUCCUUUUCCUGGACCAGGCCAUGGGGGUCCUCCCAGGGGAGGCUUUCACAAAGAGCAAAGAAAUCCUCGAAGGCUCAAAAGUUGGUCUCUUAUCAAAAAUACCUGCCCACCCAAGGAUGGCCCCCAAGUUAUGGAAGACAAAUCCAACCGCCCCGUCUGCCGACACUUUGCCAAAAAGGGCCACUGUCGAUAUGAGGACCUCUGUGCCUUCUACCACCCAGGCGUCAAUGGACCUCCUCUGUGAGACUGUGCCUUCCCAUCCAGACUGGAAGGAGUCCUCUGUGACCUAGUGGCCAUAUAUUUCCCUGUGGCCCUGUGAUGGCUACUGUGAGGCUGUUCCACCUACCACCCUCAGUCAGUGACACCCACCCCCAUCCGUCACCUCCCCAUUUGGGAUCCAGAGUUGUGUUUCAUCACUGGUGCCCAGUGUGUGGUCUUUCUUCUGAUCCAGCCUCCAGAGACUUGCCUUCAGGACCCCAUCUUUGCUCCCUUCAGCUGCGUCCUGGAUCCUCUUCCCCCUCACCAACUGACUGCUGAACAGGAAACCUCUUUGGUGCUGUUUCUUGUGCAUCUGUCGACCCAGCCCCCAGUACUGCCCUCGAUUCCUGAGAGCCCUGGAACAGUUUCCUACCAUUCCCUUCUAGCUGCUUAAGUCCUUUUUAUGUGACAACCCUUAUCCCCAAAGUUGCCAGUUGCUCUGUGAAACUCACCAGGUUGAUCUGGGGUCAAGUAUGGAUGACUGGUGCAGAGUUACUCCCUGAAAAGCCACUGUCCCUGCUUUUGGAUUUUAUAGUUUCUGCGUCAGUAGCAUGGUCCCCACCACUCUGGUCUGUGAUCACUGUGCUUUGUGAAACUGUGCAUCCCCUCGUACGUAGCCUCUCUCAGUGUCCGUGGCAUCUUUGUGACUUCCCAACACUAGAGUAAGUUUUUCUGUCAAAAUGAGUGAGACUCGGUGCCCUCUAGACUUUCCACACCUCCCAAUGUGGGAGAAUUGUGAACAUUUCUGCAAGACUGCCUCCCUGGUUUCCCCAUCCUGGUGUUGGGUUUUUCUGGGUUUGACACAAGCCCAUGAGGUGUCCUCUAAAGCUUCUGAUGGGGAACCCUCUCUCCUAUCCAGCCCACUUUAGUUAGACUGUGUCAUUGUGAGGCCACCAGCCCUUUUGUCUGAAUUCUGUGAAUCUCCACCCAGCCUACCUUUGGGUGGAACCUGGACAGUACUGUCGCCCUUGUCUAACCUUCUUCCCUGCAUCCCUGGCACUGGUUGUUUUCUGUGAAAACGGCAGUGAACAGGCUCGGUUUUGAACUGGCUCUGAGGAAAUACGUCAGGAGUUGUGUGGGCAAGAGGGAAAGAUGAGAGCUGUUGGAGAACUGAGAAUGAAUUUUUUUUUCUUUUUAACAUUUUUUUAUAUUAGUAAUAAAUGCAGUGGAAACAA